UCCUACAAGGACAUGAUGAAUGAGUACUUGGCUGUCCUCAACAGAAGAUCCAUGAGAUGGUCCAAGCUCCUUCAAGGGAAACCCCAUGUGGAGAAGAAUGUGACAGUGAAGAGGUAUGUGCGUAAAGGUGUGCCCAAUGAGCACCGAGCCAGAGUCUGGAUGGCAGCAAGUGGUGCCCAGGAACAACUUGACAGGAACCCAGGACACUACCAGUCACUGCUGGCAAUGGAGCAUGACACUCAGCUGAGGGAAACCAUCCAAACAGAUAUGCAUAGGACCUUUCCUGACAACAUCCUCUUCCAGAGCAAGGCAGAGCCGGGUCUACAGAGAGCUCUGUUUAAUGUGCUGCUGGCCUACGGACACCAUAAUAAAGCAGUGGGAUACUGUCAGGGCAUGAACUUUAUUGCAGGCUACCUCAUCAUCAUUACUAAUGAUGAAGAGAAAUCCUUCUGGCUCAUGGAUGCACUGCUGGGAAGGAUACUCCCAGACUACUACAGUCCAGCUAUGUUGGGGCUGAAGACUGACCAGGAGGUUCUUGGGGAUUUGGUGAAGACUAAAUCCCCUGCGAUAGGCCAGCUCAUGGACCAGUAUCCCGGCAUAUGGACCCUGUUGGUUUCGCGUUGGUUCAUCUGCCUCUUCAUUGACAUACUACCAAUUGAGACAGUUCUGCGGGUCUGGGACUGUCUCUUCUAUGAAGGCUCCAAGGUUCUUUUCCGUGUGGCGCUGACUCUCAUCCUUCACCACCAGCCUGAGAUCCUAAGAGCUCGAUCUUUGCCUGAUGUGUGUGAGUGCUUCAAACAGAUCACCAGUGGAGCUUUCACUCUGGACUGCCACACCUUCAUGCAGAGAAUCUUUACAGAACCUGGCAGUCUGUCUAUGGCAACUAUCGAUAAACUGAGAAACAAAUUCAGACAAAAAAUUCAGGAGGAGGAAUCUAGACAGCCCUGA